CCGCGGGGCGCCUUCUCCACGCCGGGCCGGGUGCUGCGCCUGGCCUACAGCGCGGCCGGAGACUAUUUGGUGGCAAUUGAAGAGAAAAACAAAGCUACAUUUCUUCGUGCCUAUGUGAACUGGAGAAGUAAAAGGACUGAAACCUCUCGUGUGUGUGUCCGAAUGGUGGGGCACAAUGUGGAGGCCCCCUUCUGUGAAACCUUCAGAGACCAGAUGUCCAUCAUCGAAAUGCCCCUCUCCGAAGCCCCCUUAUGCGUUUCCUGUUGCCCUGUGAAAGGAGACCUUCUUGUUGGUUAAACAAAUAAGUUAGUCUUGUUUAGUUUGACCUACCAGGUCAUUACUGAGGAAUUCUCAAUACUGGACUUUGAACGCUCAUUAAUUAUUCAUGUAGAGAAUAUCACCCCCGUAGAAAUUUCUUUCUGUGCUGGUUAUGUUGCUGUUAUGUCGGAUUUAGAAGUCUUAAUCCUAAAACUAGACUCCAACCCUAAAAAUGAUGAGACUGUGAACCACCAUCCCCGGAAGACCAACACUCCAGUGAAAAAGACACAAGAAGUCAUCAGUUAUGACUCUUCCCAGCUUGAGGCUGACGACUUUGUUAUGUGCCAGAAGCCCCUGGAACUUCUUGGUGAAAAAAGCCAGCAGUCUGGAAUAUCUGUUACACUAGAGUCAACGGGAGUAACUGAUGAAAAAAUGCAGUAUUUCCAUGUCCAGCAUUUGCUCUACCGACGCUUUACUCCUGAUAUUUCACCCUAUGUGUUGUCUGAUGAUAUCAGAUUGCAUUCCCUUCAGCUGCUCCCCAUUUACCACACAGGUUCUCUUACUUCUAAUGGAAAAAAUUCAUCUCAGGAAAAAGAGUUGCUGAGUCUCUUUUGUUUUUUCUCAUUACCUCACGUGGGCUAUCUCUACAUGGUCGUCAAAUCUGUGGAGUUAAUGUCUGUCUACCAGUACCCGGAGAAGUCUCAGCAGGCUGUGCUUACACCUCAGUUCCUGCACGUCAUCACAAGGAACAACCUGCAGUGCUUCACUGUGCGCUGCAGUGCAGCCGCAGCUCGAGAGGAGGACCCCUACGUGGACACCACCCUGAAGGCUUGUCCACCAAUCAGUCUGGACGUCUGUGCUUUGAGAAUACAGCUUUUUAUAGGCUUGAGAGCCAUCUGUCACUUUAAAAACCACCUCAUACUUUUGACCAAGGCAGACCCUGAGGUCAUCCCAGAAAGAAAAGAAUCUCCUAAAAGGCUUCUUUCUAGAAAAGAUACCAGUGUUAAACUCAAAGCAUCUCCUCUGGCAGAGGCGGGGUGGAAUUUAUAUGUUGUGAAUACAGUAUCUCCAGUGCAGCUCUACAAAGAAAUGGUCGACUAUAGUAACGUCUACAAGACUGUGAAAACCCAGAGCUGCAUCCACCUCUUUAGUGAGGCUCAUCUCUUGGUGAGAGCUGCCUUGAUGGACGACCAGCUGGAGCCUGGCGAGAGGGCCGAGCUCACAGAGGCCUUCAGAGAAAGCUGUGGGCACCUUGGGGACUGUUACAGCAGGCUUGACACCCAGCAUUCCCAUCUUGCCUUGCCGUACUAUAAGAUGUCUGGGUUGUCGAUGGCUGAGGUCCUAGCCCGAGUGGAUUGGAUCGUAGAGGAAGGACCGCAGAAAUAUGAGAGAGGAUUAAUCUUUUACAUUAAUCAUUCACUUUAUGAAAACCUGGAUGAAGAAUUAAGUGAAGAAUUAGCAGCAAAAGUGAUCCAGAUGUUUCAUGCAGCUGAGCCAAAGCAGUUGCCUCAUGUUGUCUGCAGCUCUUCUAUGAAGAACGCUAAUCCUUUGACUGCCAUGAGCUACCUUAAGAAGCUGGAUGCUUCUGGGUUUUCAUCCGUCUUAGUGACACUGGCCAAGGCGACAAUGGCUCUGAAAAUGGGAGAUCUUGACACGCUCAGAAAUGAAAUGAAAAGCUAUUCAGAGAUGAAGUUGGUCCGUGGCUUCAUUCUGGAACCUCGACUUCUGAUUCAGCAUCAGAAAGGACAGAUUGUUCCAACUGAGCUUGCGGUUCACUUGAAGACGACCCAACCAGGACUGAUUGUGGCCUCAGUCUUGGGCUUACAGAAGAACAACAAAAUUGGAAUUGAAGAAGCAGAUUCUUUCUUUAAGGUGCUCUGUGGUGAGGACGAAGAUUGGGCUCCUCAGCUCUUGGUGGACUUCUGGGAAGCUCAGCUGGUAGCGUGCCUCCCCGAUAUGGUACUUCAGGAACUGUUUUUCAAGCUCACAUCACAUUACAUCUGGCGAUUAUCAAAGAGGCAGCAGCCCGACUCUCCACCCUUACGAACGUCAGAGGAUCUGAUAAAUGCCUGCAGUCAUUAUGGUUUAAUCUAUCCAUGGGUUAAUGUCCUAGUAUCAUCUGAUUCCUCAGCUGAUAAAAAUUAUACAGAAGACCUUUCAAAAUUACAGUCUCUUAUAUGUGGUCCUUCAUUUGACAUAGCUUCCAUUAUUCCGUUCCUGGAGCUGCUCUCAGAAGACACCCCUGCUGGCCUCAGUGUCCACGUUCUGUGUCACACGCGGUUGAAAGAGUAUGAACAGUGCAUAGACACACUGUUAGAGCGGUGCCCGGAGGCCGUCAUUCCAUACGCCAAUCAUGAGCUCAAAGAAGAGAAUCGGACUCUGUGGUGGAAGAAAUUACUGCCUGAACUUUGUCGGAGAAUAAAAUGUGGUGGAGAGAAAUAUCAACUCUACUUGUCAUCGUUAAAAGAAACCCUGUCAGUUUUGGCUGUGGAGCUAGAGCUGAGGGAUUUCCUGGCCGCCCUCCCAGAAGACGGCGCUGCAGCAUUCUUCUUGCCUUAUCUUCUUUACUGCUGCCGGAAGAAAUCAUUGCCAUGA